AUGCCUCGACUUGAGGGUACGUCCAAGCUCAGACUCGAACCACUUCUCAGCUACUUACGCUUGUUAGGGGAUGACGGCUCCGACAUCGACGACGUCUACGAAGAUGCAGGAAUCGACGUGGACACCGAAGUAAAAGAACAACUCAAUGGCGAAUUGGAGGACAAGCUUGACGAGGAUGGAGAUUUAGCGCCCAGUCAAGCGAAAGACGACGGCGGUGACCAGGCGACCACGGCCAAAGCACACGAAGGUGAUGAAGAAGACGAGGACGAGGAAGAUGAAGAUGGGGAGGAAUACAAUGUCGAAUCAAUCCGGGACCACAAGUGGGUCAAGGGAGAGCUGCUUUACUUCAUCAAAUGGCAAGGCUAUCCGGCUUCGCAAAACACGUGGGAACCUGAAGAACAUCUUCUGCCACAUUCGCGUCUAAUCCUUGCGGCAUACCACAAAAAGAUUGGGGGUGCACCACAGGCACCUAUGAAGAGGGGCAAAUCAAAACAGAGCCUACGGGAAACGGCCUCUUCUGAAGAUCUUCCAGCACCCAAGCGUCAGAAGCGCAAUGGCGCGAAAGAUGUGAAAGAGACUGAACCAGACCUGUCCUGGUUGCCCAAGGGUGAUCACUGGGAGGACCAAGUCGCCAAGGUUGAGACGAUUGAGCGCGACGAAGAGACCAGACAGCUACUAGCAUACAUCCUAUUCAAGAACGGCAAACGGUCCAAGAUCAGCAUGGACAUGGUCUACAAAUACUGUCCCAGACCUAUGCUCAGGUUCUACGAGGAGCAUUUGAAGUUCAAGUGA